UUUUGGGACGAGGGCUCCACGUUUCUUCUGGACAUGAUGACCUUCCAUAUGUGGUCUGAUCCAACGACUGAAGUAAAAAAAGAGAGAGCUCCGGGGGACAGCUUUGGGUGUUGGCUAAUGGGGUUGAGCCUCUCUUUUUCCACGUUUCUGUGGUUUUUUCUUUGCGUAUUGUUCCCCUUUAGAACUGUUUCCUUGACUGAUGGGAUCUUUGUGUCGCUGUUUGCCUUCUUUUAUACACAUGAUGAUCGGCUCUGGCAUAUAGCCUCCUUCGAGUUACUAUUGAGGCCAGCCAAGACGCGUUCUGCUUAUUCUUGUGGAGCUGCUUUCCUUCCUUGACAUGAUGAACAGCUCUAUUUUUCAAGGCAUCUUCAGAUCGCCAAUGAAUACAAAGACUGUCUGAUAUUCGGAGG